ACGACGUCAUACAAUACAUGUUGUAGGAGCGCUCGUGAAAUAUAACAUACGCGGCGCAGCGAAACUGCCUCUCCAGUAAGAGUGUGUAUACUCCUAUACAUACAUAGACAUCGCUCCGUGUGUGUCUGUUUCUUUUUGCCGUCUCCCGAGAUCGCGCCGCAGUCGAGUAGUCGUUGUCGUCAGUGUGUUGUGCGAGAUAGCAGCAGUAGCAGCAGUUGAUCUCUCUGUGUCGGGCCGAGAUUUCGAUUUCGGAGCGCCGCGCGGUUACGCCUUAAUAGUUCGCAGUAAUAACGCCUACGCGAAUUCGCGAGUUCUCGUCGAGUCACUCGACUGAUCUCGUGAUUCGUGCAUAUUGUAUUUUCACGAAAGAAGCCAGUUGUUGUCGGCUCAUAACCUCCUCGAGAGCUCUGUGUGCCCCCCAGUGCAACGCUUGUGUGCCAGUGUGCCGAGAAACGGAGAGAAAGAAAGAAAGAGAGAAUAAUAAGCGUCGCUUAGAAUUUCCGACAGGCAAGAAUGGCGGACGACGGUCACGAGAACGGCACGAGCAACGGAGACGUCCCCGAGAUCGAGCUCAUUAUCAAGGCAUCGACAAUCGAUGGCCGUAGGAAAGGUGCUUGUCUCUUUUGCCAAGAAUAUUUCAUGGAUCUGUAUCUGUUAGCCGAGCUGAAGACGAUCUCGUUGAAAGUGACAACUGUUGACAUGCAAAAACCACCUCCGGAUUUCCGUACCAAUUUUCAGGCGACUCCACCACCCAUACUCAUUGACAACGGUGAUGCGAUCUUGGAGAAUGAAAAAAUCGAACGACACAUCAUGAAAAACAUACCCGGUGGCCACAAUUUGUUUGUUCAAGAUAAGGAUGUGGCUACGCUCGUGGAGAAUCUCUUUAGCAAAUUGAAGUUGCUAUUGCUCAACGCAAAAGAUAAGGAUAAGGAUGUAAAAUCGUCGUCGCUGAUGGCUCAUUUACGCAAAAUCGACGAACAUUUGGGGCGCAAGGGUACGCGUUUCCUUACCGGCGAUACGAUGUGCUGUUUCGACUGCGAGCUAAUGCCUCGCCUGCAGCACAUCCGUGUGGCUGGCAAGUACUUUGCUGACUUUGACAUACCAGAGAGUAUGGUGAAUCUGUGGAGAUAUAUGCAUCAUAUGUACAGGCUUGAUGCUUUCCUUCAAAGUUGUCCAGCUGAUCAAGACAUUAUCAAUCAUUACAAACUGCAGCAAAGCAUGAAAAUGAAGAAACACGAGGAGCUAGAAACACCAACAUUCACAACAAGCAUCCCCAUCGAAGUCAAUGAAGAUUAGAAUUGUCCAAGAGGCUGGGCCUCCCUCUUUGCACACACAGCGGAUUUUUUGAGUCGCUAUUAUUUGUUAUUGCUACUGAUACGAUUUUGAGGGCCACGGCCUACUUUGUAUGUUUUACAAGGAAAAUAAUGAUUAAAAAACGCCUUUUAUACUUUUGUUCACAACAUUCAAAUACCAUUAUAUAGUCUAAAAUUUUUCACAGAUUAAGAAAAGAUGUAAUAUUUGUCAUAUUUUGAACAAUCGACUUUUAUAGUAUACGAAUAUUAUAAAAACUUCACAAGUACUGAUGAAAACAACGACUAAUUAUAAGUAUUAAAAAAAUUAUCUUUAGACAUCAGUAAAAAAAUUUAAUUCUCUAUUGAAGGCGUUCAGUAAUCGCAUGCGUAAUAUUAAGUAAUACUUGAUUCUUCCUUAACUGUUGAAUGCAUUAGAAUCCCACGUUGCGUCAAAACAUUUUAAACGGAAGAAAAUGAAAAUGCUAGAUUAUCUACAUAUUUUUGCGACGUUUAAAAAUUAUGCAUAAGACGUAUUCGAUACUUACAUGAAGAAAGUGUUCCAGUAAACAUGAGCGUGAGAGUUGAAGCGAAAAAAUAUAGAAUAAGAUUAAUAUAAUAGAUCGAAACGCAUCCGUCCUGUUUGAGCAAUGCUGUUUUCGUAAACUUCACAAAAUAAAAAAUGUACAACAAACCAAUUGGUUGCGCACCAUGAAAUAUUAAAAUCAAAAGAUUUACAUUUGAAGCGAGUUAUUGAAAAGUUCGGAAAUGUUCAUGAGACCGUUGCCUAGCCCUUUGGCAUGUGUAAAUAAUUCGAGCGAUAAAAUUUAAAUUCUUUUUUCCAUUCUGUGCCAAAUUCAAAGCUACUACCAAAAGUUGCUUGAUCCAACACUAGUCUUCUCCGAACUAUUCAAACUGCUUUAAUUUCUAUUGCUGACCAUUGAAAAAAGCACUAACAAAUGAGGUGAUGUAAAACGUUGAAUAACUGAUAUUCAUUACCUAAUUUAAAAUGUAUACAUCAAAUCAAUCAGUAAAUACAAAAUAUUUUUGUAAUUCAUGUUUACGAAUUUGAAAAUUGUUGGGUGGAUAUAAGAUUUUUUACAAAAAUGUUUGUACAGUCAUAUUAAGUAUUUUUUCGCCUCUGAGAAAAUUAUAUGCGUUUAUAUUUGUAUGCAUAGCAAUAAGAUUAAACGAAAUGAUUUUUCAAAUUGUUUACGCUCUGAUUUUUUAAUUGGAUAAUAUUUUACAUCUCCGGUUUGAUGUCGUACCGUUUAUCAUAUAAUUAUUAUCAAGACUAGGUGUAAUGAUAAACUUGAAAAUGCCAUUGUUAUUACUUGAGCUCUUAUAUAAAUAACUCUAAUAAAGUUUCAUUACAUUAAAGUCAAACAUUUUGAUACAAAGAAUUUGAAAAAUGAAAGGAAUUAUGACGCUUAGUUGGCAAGUGGUAUUUUCACGUUGAAUACUGUAUUGGAGAUGGAUGUUUGGCAUUUUUAAACAAUUUAUCAGAAAUAAAACGUGGAUUAAUUUUUUGUAUUAUGAUUUAAAAUAAUAAUAUUAUCGAAUGUUUGGUUUACAUUUUUAAAAACCAAUAUACCAGUGUUUAAUGUAU